GAGAGAGAGAGAGAGAAACUGGUCCAGCAUCUCCAGAGCGGCGGAGCGAAGCGAUGACAGAGACACAAAGUCCUCAUCAGCAAAAUGAGCAGGAAUUAAGCCGCCGUGCGUCCGCGUUUCACCGCCGAGUGGAUGUUUAAAAGAACCCGAAGCUGCUCGGCGCGGAGAUUCGACUUUUAUCCCACCAAUGAGAUAUGUGGAGUGGCUCUAGCGCUCGGUGGUAACGCAGAAAACACGCAAGAUGAAGAAGCAGUUCAACCGAAUGAGACAGCUCGCCAACCAAACAGUGGGCAGGGCUGAAAAAACAGAAGUUUUAAGUGAAGACCUGCUGCAGGUGGAGAAGCGUCUGGAGCUGGUCAAGCAGGUUUCUCACAGCACGCACAAGAAGCUGACGGCCUGUCUGCAGGGCCAGCAGGGCGUCGACGUGGACAAGAAGUCUGUCAGGUCACCGUCGAAGAAGCUUCCUCUCACGACACUCGCACAAUGCAUGGUGGAAGGAGCAGCCGUGCUCGGAGACGAGUCUCUGCUCGGGAAGAUGCUGAAGCUCUGCGGGGAGACGCAGGACCGCCUGGCUCAGGAGCUCAUCCUGUUCGAACUCACCAUCGAGAGGGACGUGAUCGAGCCGCUGUACGACCUGGCAGAGGUGGAGAUCCCAAACAUCCAGAAACAAAGGAAACAUUUAGCCAAGCUGGUCCUGGACAUGGACUCGGCACGAACACGGUACUACCAGUCCACCAAGUCUUCAGGACUUUCCAGCAACCUGCAGCCAACGGGAGCGAAGGCCGACCACCUCAGGGAAGAGAUGGAGGAGGCAGCCAACCGCAUGGAGAUCUGUCGAGAUCAGCUCUCAGCAGACAUGUACAGUUUUGUGGCCAAAGAAAUUGACUAUGCAAGCUACUUCCAGACACUGAUAGAAGUCCAGGCUGAGUACCACAGGAAGUCAUUAGAGCUGCUCCAGAGUGUUCUGCCGCAGAUCAAAGCUCAUCAGGAAACCUGGGUGGAGAAGCCGUGCUACGGGAAACCAUUAGAGGAGCACUUAGCGCUCAGCGGGAGAGAUAUAGCGUUUCCCAUCGAGGCUUGUGUCACCAUGCUGCUGGAGUGCGGCAUGCAGGAGGAGGGUUUGUUCCGAAUCGCUCCGUCGGCCUCCAAGCUGAAGAAGCUGAAGGCGUCUCUGGACUGUGGCGUGCUGGACGUCCAGGAAUACUCGGCGGAUCCUCACGCCAUCGCAGGUGCUCUGAAGUCCUACCUGCGUGAGCUUCCUGAGCCGCUGAUGACCUUCGACCUCUAUAACGACUGGAUCCAGGCCUCCAACAUUCAAGAUCAAGACAAGAGACUCCAGGCUCUGCUCAACGCCUGCGAGAAGCUCCCCCCAGCCAACAACAACAACUUUAAGUAUUUGAUCAAAUUUCUCUCCAAACUGACUGAAGAUCAGGAUGUGAACAAGAUGACUCCUGGAAACAUCGCUAUCGUCCUCGGACCCAACCUGCUGUGGACUCACAACGAAGGCAACAUCACCGAGAUGAUGACGACCGUUUCGCUGCAGAUCGUCGGCAUCGUCGAGCCGAUCAUCCAGCAUGCCGACUGGUUCUUCCCCGGAGAAAUCGAGUUCAACGUGACGGGGAACUACGGCAGCCCCGUCCACACCAACCACAACGCCAACUACAGCUCCAUGCCGUCUCCAGACAUGGACCAGAUGGACCGCAAGCAGAACGACCAGAGCCGGCGGCCGCUCAGCGUCGCCACGGACAACAUGAUGCUGGAGUUCUAUAAGAAGGACGGCAUUAGGAAGAUCCAAAGCAUGGGUGUCAGGGUGAUGGACACUUCUUGGGUGUCGCGCAGGGGCUCGUCGUCCACGCGUAAAACCUCCUCCACGCCGCCGAGCGUGCACCCCCCCGUCCCGCACGCCGACGCCACUCUCGUCCCCGAACAGGAUUUCUCUGCCUCCCCCUCCCCCACCCCUCCUCCCACUAGCAGCGACCGAGCCAGUCCCAGCAUCAUUAGCAGCAUAUCAGUCCAUUGUCACAAGGCCUUGCAAUGGAUGAGCUCAGACGAUGCUUCCUCCAAUUGGUCGGACUCCUGUUACGCCUACCCCUCCCCCGAGGAGGAGAGGCCGCCGCCCCCUUACCCCUCUUCUUCCUCCUCUUCCUCCUCCUCCUCCUCUUGCUCCUCCUACUCGCUCCCCCACCACCACCACCACCACCACUUCUACACCCGAGCACCUCCGUGUAUGCGUCCCGUCGCUCCCGGCCCCGAGUCCGUUGCCCCCGGCCCAUCCCCUCCACCCCGCCGCACCGGCUACAGCCCGCCCCCGCUGCCCCUCCACUCCCCGUGCCCGUCCCCCCAGCAGCUUGACGUCAACUCCAACCCCAAACCCAGCUCCCUGCACCUGCCCACCAAGCAGGCCUGCCUGCCCGACGCUCCGCAUGCCGCCCCGCCCGAAUCCAACGGCUCCACCCUUUACAUCAAACCCCCGCUCGUUCUGACCCGCCACGACCUGUUCCCGGGCUCCCCCAAACCCCCCAACACCCCCCUGUCCGCCCCCCCUCCCUGGGCCACCUGUGCCUGUAGCCGAGAGCGAGGAGCCAAGCUGACGAGUACCCUGAAGAACAAGGAAUUGUCUCCAGUGAUUGGACAGAAGGGACUCCAGGGGACAGUGACCUCUAGUGGACAGUCCCAGCACUCUGAGCACAGUCCACACACCCUGAGGAGAGCAAAGAAGUUGGCCCCGAUCCCCCCUAAGGGCCCGUACUGCCAGUCUGGAGCCAUGUCGGACCAGUCGACCGGCCAGCCGUCUCCGGUCAGCCUGUCGCCCACCCCUCCCAGCACUCCGUCCCCGUACGGCUUCAGCUACCCCCAGGGCUACGCCACCAUCGGCUCCCCGGGUCAGCUUCAGACGGCCACCACCCCGUCCCUGUCCUCUCCGCCCUCGCUGGCCGGGACCCUCACCAAGGCCCGGCCCACCCCCAAGCCGCCCCGGCAGAGGCCCAACCUGCCUCCUCCUCAGCCCCCCACCACCCCCGGCACCAGCCCCCAGCCUCUGGAGCACUCGUCAGGUCUCCUGGACGGUUUGUCUCCCGGGGAAAGCAUGUCCACAGAUUCCCUCUGCAACCUGGACAUCCCCAUCAUUGACAUGGAACUGGAUGGUAUUUUUGACUUGCCCCACAUCUCCCCCUUCAGGAACUCGGUGGCGCUGCUCGAGUCGACCGGCGGCCGGGCGGAUUCGGAGGAAGAGUCUGAGAGCACAGUGCUAUGACGCCGCUGAGUUCCCCUCCCCUUUUAUUAAACGAAACACGACGCUAACCGCUGCACCGUCACUCAUCGACCUUCUCACCUCUCCGGCUGGAUCGCCUCCAGAUCUCCUCGUCACGCCUCGCCCGCCCAAACUGAUCCGGAGGAGGCCGAUGUGUAAAAACAAGCGCUUCUAUACAGUAAAAUAACAAAAAAACAACAAAAAAAGCCCCACAGCGAACACACACACACGAGGUGUCAGCGACAACGUUAAGGGACUUUUGAUCAAAAACGCGGUUUGACAUUUUACAUUAGCUGGAUUCUGUUCUUUCUUUUUUCUUUUUUAAACCCUCCUGUUGUCCUCAUUUACGAGCACCAAAAAAUAUUGUUUCCUUGUCUGAAAAAAGUCCAAACAGUCAGCAAAAAAUUCCCCAGAUUUCUGAAAAUUAGCAAAACCUUCAGGAAGAAAAUUCCAAGAAUUCCUUAAAAGUUUCCCUUAAAUGUUUUAUUUAAAAACAAACAAACCAAAAAAAAAAUUUGGCAAGAAAAUUCUUGGAAAUAUUUUUUAAAAAUGAGUAAAAAUCUUCAAAAAAAAUCCUAAAAAUAUCUACAGUGAUUCCAUAUAUAUCAGUAAAAUUUCUGUUUUCUUUAAAAACAUUCACAUAAAAAUCAACCAAAAUCCAGUGAAUUUCACAGAAUUUUGUUUAAAUUUUUUUUGUGAAUGUUCUUAAAAAACAUUUUUUCCUCCAAAAAAUGUUCAAAAAUUUCCCAAAAGUGUUGAAAAUGUGGACAUCAGAAGUUUCACUGUGAACUUUUUGGGUUUUUUUUCACAUUUUCAAACUUUAAAUUUGCAAAACUUCAGGAAGAAAAUUCCAAUAAUUCCUUAAAAGUUUACCUUAAAAGUUUUAUUUAAAAAAAAAAAAUCCCCCAAAAAUGAGUAAAAAUCUUCCAAAAAAUCCUAAAAAUAUCUAGUGAUUACAUAUAUAUCAGUAAAACUUAGAAUAUUUUCUUUAAGAACAUUUUUUUUGUGAAUGUUCUUAAGAAACAUUUUUAGCAUUUCUUUUUUUCCACCAAAAAAUGUUUAAAGAUUUCACAAAAAUGUUGAAAAUGUAGACAUCAGAAGUGAAAAUCAAUUUUUUUCCCCACAUUUUCAAAUGGGUCAAUUUUGACCCGCAGGACAACACGAGGGUUAAUGUAUUGUAAGUUUUUUGUUUCUUUCUGUUUGCCUUAUUUGAUUCACUUGCAAUAUUGCCUUUAAGGUCACGCAUGAGGCUGGAAACAGGCUGCUGGGAGGAAUGAGUGCUCUUCACUGCUGCUGCUGCUGCUGCUGCUUCUGAUGAGUGGAUUUUUUUGUAGAAGAACAAACACCACAGUACUGUACAUCUGUCCCGGUUUCUUCUUUCUCUUUCCCCUCCUUCAUCCCUCAGGGGUUGAAACGCCUCGCUCUGGCACGUGGUGGCAAAAAACAAAGCCCUGGAUUUCUGUCCCGCCUGAGCGUUCACUGUGAGUGUGCCAGUAUGUCGUUUUUGGAAAGUGUGUGUGCGUGUGUGUGUGUUUCGCCAGUGCGUGACGUGUUAAUCGAUGUGGUAAUUGUGCUAUAUGAUGUUGCACUGUUGGUGUCGUGGAGCAAAAACAAAAAAAACAAAAACAGGAAUGCAUGUUUUAGACAUUUUAGGAAAAAUAACUACGAGGUAGCAAAGAGGUUUAAACGCCCAGUCACACCUUCCUCUAUAUUUACAGUCAGGAUAUCAGUCACUGGAUAUUUAUUGUUUAUACUGUACAUUUUUCAGAGUAUAAGAUAUGAUUAACAUUAUAAAUCAGAUCAUAUUUUGUGUCCACGGGAGAGCUGUAAAGAUCAUUUCCGCUACAGCUGAGGCUAUAAUAUAUAUGAGAUCCAUACUACAGUUUAUGAGAAGAUGAAGAAUGAAAAACUCCACGUGAUUCCUCAUAUUUAGAUAUUUUUGGCAGCAAGCAAAGCGACGUGGGAUUUUUCAUUUUUCUUUAGCUAGGAGUAACUUCAGCUUGAAGAAUGUGGAGAGAAAGAUGAUAAUGUAGAGGUUUGGUCAUAUGAAGGUUGGAGUGUCAAACCACUGUGUUAAAAAUUAAAUUUACUGAAGUCCAUCCACAGAGUAGCAACAGGAGCUCUGAUUGGCCAGCUGUCAUAAGAGUCUAGCCAAUCAGAGUACUUAAAGUUGGACUUUUAAAGGUUCAAUGUGGAGGUUUUUUAUAAACAAUUUUAUUCGCUCUUUAACCCUCCUGUUGUCCUCAUUUCAUGGGCAACAAAAAAUGUUUCCUUGUCUGAAAAAAAUCCAAAAAUUCAGCAAAAAAAUUCCCCAAAUUUCUGCAAAACUUUCAGGAAGAAAAUUCCAAAAAUUCCUUUAAAAUUUCCCUUAAAAGUUUUAUUUUUAUUUUAUUUUUUUAAAAAUAUCCUCAAAUUUGGCAAGAAAAUUCUUGUAAAUAUUUUCAAAAAAUGAGUAAGAAUCUUUCAAAAAAUCCUAAAAAUAUCUAAAGCAAUUACAUAUAUAUCAGUAAAACUUCUAAUAUUUUCUUUAAGAACAAAAAAUCGAUUGAUUUUUUUGUGAAUGUUCUGAAAGAAACAUUUUUAAUAUUUCCUUUUUUCCACCAAAAAAUGUUCAAAGAUUUCCCACAAAUGUUGAAAAUGUGCACAUCAGAAGUUUCACUGUGAAAAUAUAUUUUUUCCACAUUUUCAAACUUUAAAACGGGUCAAUUUUGACACGAGGGUUAAAAAAAAAAGUCUAAUUCACAUUUUCUUAGCAACAUUACAGAAAUUUGUGUCAGUUUGAAAAUAGGGCUCCUGUGUGUCACUGAGGUCUUAAAAAAACAUUUUUUACGCAUUUCCUUUGUUAUAAUUCAUUGGAUAAGCAAAUUUUAUAGUAGUUUCAAUUUAAAUGCGUUGUUUUACAUCAAAGUAUUUAAGUAUAGCUACUGGGUUUCUCCUUUUUCAGGCUCAUUGCUGCUUUUCAUCACUACUGCCAACAGUUCAAGGUGACGAUAUAGAAACAGAAAUGCAGAGCUUGUAGUGCUAUCAGUGAAAAACUUCAAAGGUUAUGUUUAGACUCAUGAGUAGAAGGAUUUGGGAGGAAAAUUGGAACAUCAAUAAUUUUUUAAAAUGUAUAAUAAAGACAAUUUUUGUGAAUUAAUAGAACUAUGAAUAGUUUUUUAAUACUCUACCGUUCAAAAGUUUGGGGUAACUUAGAAAUGUCCUUAUUUUUGACAGAAAAGCAGUUUUUUUCAAUGAAGAUAACAUUAAAUGAAUGAUAAAUCCAGUCUAGACAUUGUUAAUGUGGUAAAUGACUAUUGUAGCUGGAAACGACUGAUUUUUAAUGGAAUAUCUCCAUAGAGGUACAGAGGAACAUUUCCAGCAACCAUCACUCCUGUGUUCUAAUGCUACAUUGUGUUAGCUAAUGGUGUUGAAAGGCUCAUUGAUGUUUAGAAAACCUUUGUGCAAUUAUGUUAGCACAUGGAUAAAAGUGGGAAUUUUCAUGGAAAACAUGGAAUUGUCUGGAUGAACCCAAACUUUUGAAUGGUGGUGUAUAUAUUUAUUUAAUUUUAAUUUAUUUUUUUAACUUAAGACCUGCUGCACUUUCACUCUCCUUUUUGCUCUGUUUUUGGUCUCCACCCCAAUCUAGCUUUUCAACUGCCAAAUGCUCUGUAUCAGUAAAGUUUUCGACCAUAAAAUCCAAACAAUGAGCUGAAAGACGCUAAAACCUUAAAUAUGCUAGCAAAAAAAAUAGGAAGAACAGCUGAUUUCAGUUUCAAAAUGUAUAAUCUACAUGCUAAUGUAAUGUUUUUUAAUAACUGACCGAUUGUCAUAUAACUCCGCUGCGUUCCUUGGCAGAGUUAUAUGACGAUCGGCAUACGUUUGUCUGUCUGUCUGUCUGUGCACAACAUUACUCAAAAACAGACCAACAGAUUUGGAUGAAAUUUUCAGGGAAGGUCAGAAAUGACACAAGGACCAAGUGAUUAGAUUUUGGCAGUGAUGCAGCUUAUAGUCUGGAUCCACGGAUUUAUUAAAAAUUUCUGUAGCAUUGCUAGAUAGCAGCACGGUGUCACUGUAACCGUGACUACAGACUUAUCAGGACUUAUUCGUCGGAAAUCAUACCACUGAUCAGCCUUGGCGGAGUACUGAGCUCUCUGAGAGCUUUUCUUGUUAUUGAUUUGUUAAUUUUUUUGAACAAACGUACUGUACAUUAAGUAAAUCUCUAUUUUAUCCCUAGUUUAUCCCUCACACAAGGAGUUUAUGUGGAGCUGAAGGAAAAAUCUCCCCAAUUAAGGCAGAAAAAGCCUCCCAUUGCAGGGUUUCAUUCAUAAAUUAUUGCAGAUAAAAUGUAAAAUAAUAUAAAACUCUGUAUUUACUGCAGUGGCAAACUCCAGGCUCCAUAUGUGACAACCUCGUACAAACAUGUUGGGAAUCAUCACCUCGCAAACCGCUCUGAGGUGUUUUAACAUCCAUCCCAUCAUAUCACACAACAAAGACAGCAAACAGCUCUGACUCACUCCCAGAAAAAAAAGGUGCUAUUUUGUCAUAAAUAAGCCCACUUUUUUCUGACAGUGCACUUUCAUUUCCAGCCACCUCCUCCACCUUAGAGUUUAUAGGAAACCCUGUAUGACGAUGCUGAUAUUUUUGGUCUACAUUAGUGAACCAGAGGCAAGUGCAAAGAUAUGUGUAUAUGUGUUUAUUUUGAUGAGAGUAUUUAUACAGAUAUAUUUCUGAAUGCUUUUUACUGGGUGUGAGGAGUUUGUGCUCCGCAUGAAUCUCGUCUGAGGAUUUUUAAAAAGUAUUCAAACACGGGACCAGAACUUCCCUGCUGCUGCAUCGAAAAAAAAAUUAAACCUUUUCAGGUUCGGUUUUAGGAGGAAACUUGAAAAUCGGUUCAACCGGUGGUUUGCGUAUGACAGCAGCAGUUUGUUAUUUGCCUUGCGGUGGGUUUUGUCGUGACCUAUCCAGAUUUGGACGACUUUUCCUUUUGGUCCUGAUAACAUCCACUACACAUGGCCUCAAAGUCGCUGUGUUGCUCGACCAUCAUGUUCCUUUAAAGUGCUCACAGGACUUCUGUAAAUACUCAAGCAUCUGUACAUAUCUGUUCUGUAUAUACCGACAGGGGACAAAUCCAUAUAUAUAUAUAAAUAUAUAUAUAUAUAUAUAUAUAUAUAUAUAGAUAGAUAUAUACAAAUACUGUAUUGAAAACUAUAAAUGAUGACAUUAUAACAUUAUACUGUACAUAUAAUAUUAUAAUGUUGCUGGUUCUAGCACAAUAAAUGCCACAUUCACACAGAAUGACAUCACUUUACAUGGAAAAAAACUCAACGGGCUCCAGGUUACAUCUAGUUUGCAGAUUUUCUAAAUGAAAACAGCUCAUGGUGUUUGUGUUGCAGAGUUCCUGACUUCACAGUUAACCACUUGAACCCUGAUUUUAGCUUUACAGUCAGAAAAAAACACUGCAGAUCCUCCUUCCAACACAUCAGUGCAGCUACGUGAUGCUACACGACAUUUAUUUUAAGGAAAAGUCAAGAUGUCUUGUGUUUUGUUUUUUUUUACGUUUUCUGGCAUAUUUGAUAUUUCUGAAAAUGUGAAUAUGUGUUGUUUAGGAUUUGAAAUAGUUUUCUGUGGGUUCGCACAACGUUUGGCCUGAAAACUUGGAAUUGUAGCGAUGGAUGGAUAGUAGGAUCCAGCAGGGUUUAAGGGGUUAAAGGAGACUCUGCGUGGAAACUAAAAAACUCCGUCACUGUUUUUUAACUAUUAGACGGCAGAUAAUAAACCUCCUCAGUUGGACAGCAAAGUUCUCAAUGGUUCUAGACAGAUAUUAGAUAAAAGAUUUCAGAAAAAUGUUGUUUUAAAGUUUGGUCAAACUGGAAAUAUUGAAGGUUUGCUCUGUAUUUAUUGAUUAUUUUGCAGAUUAUUUAAUCUAAAAUACUAUAAAAAAGCCCAAAUUUAUGUUAUCAAAUGACUUGUUUUGUCUGGCUAACACUAAAAACUGAAAGAAGUAUCGCAUUUACUAUCGUGACAUUGAAUAAAAACCCAAUAAAUUUCCACCACGAUGAGACUGAAACAAGAAAAUAUUUCUCAUUUUUAAAUUAAAAUGAUUUAAUAAUUGACAAAUUAAUAAUCAAAACAGCUGCUAGUGAAUUUUUUUUGUCAGUGAAACAGUUGUUUAAUCUGAUAAAUACAGCACGAAUUUGACAUUUUUAUUGAAUAUUUAGAGUCAAACAGCUUGAUGGUGAUAGAAAGUAGUUUUUUAUGACAUUACUGUUGCAGCUGAGGUGGAUCUCUGUCCUGUCUUUGUCUGGAUUAUCUCUGUUCCUCUGUGCUGCUCUUCGUUUUGUGCUAGAAGGUUUCAGAUCGAGGUUCGUACGUGCAGAAUAUAUCGACUUUAUUAACCCUGUCGAGCGGACACGGAUUCCAGGGGCAGUUUCCGGUCAUUUUCCAACCCCCUGAGCACUAAAAUCUGAAGGCCUUUUCUUUUUUUACAUGAUUAGGUGGAAUGUACCGAUGCUAGUUCACCUCAUAGAUCCUGAUAAAGGCGGAUAGUGAGUGUGUGAGUGGGUGUGUGUGUGUGUGUGUGUGUGUGUUGUGGACAUAGUCUAAGAGGGUGGAGGGGUGUUAAAUACGAAGUGUUUCGGGGGAGGUGGGGUUGGUUGUCCUGUGUGAAAGUCAGCAGCAUGCUUUUUAACCAUGCCUAUGAAAUACGUCUCAUCUCUGGUCCUAUAUAAAUGUGCUUGUAUUUAUUUUUUAUAAGUGAAUAGAUCGACCUUCGCAACAGAAGAAAAAUUCAGUGCUGCCCUUGAACCUUUUUUUUUUCAGUCAAACUCUCCAUCAGUUCUGCCAAGACUUUGUUUAAAUCCUUCCUGAUUUCCUGUUUGUCUCCACCGCAUACGUUUUAUCUAUAGCAAAUAAGAAAAAGCACAUCAAAGCAGAGACCAUCGUCUGUUUGUGGACAGGAAACUGCGCUUUCAGAGGACUAAAAUCUGCUGAAGAAUUCCCGUGAAUUUACACUGAAAUCGUAGGAGAAAUGCUAGAAAAGCGUACAGGUGUGUUUUUACCUGUGCGGUCUGAAGAUUACACUGUGGUGCAUGCAGCCAUUGCAGCCAUCUCAUCUUUUUUUUGUUGCUGUUUUGGCUUAAGUUCCAAGUAAACGGGGGCCAAAAUAAAAAAGGGAAAACAAAAAGUGAUCAAGGAAUCUUUUUGGAUUUAAAAGUUCUUUGUGUCAAACUGUAGUGAUGCUGUGGACUCUUCAAAAGUUUGGAGUGAAGAGGAAAUGCCUUUUUCUUGGACAUGCUAUCUCUCGGUCACCAAGUGGAACACAGUGUAAGAUUAAAAAAAAAGUUUAAAAUAAUCCUCAUCCGAAUGUUGAAACUAUUAAAAAUGUUUUUGUAUUA